AUGCCUAUAUUAUUAUUUCAUGGAAGAGAAGUGAAAGUUAUAUGCUGGUUCUUUCGGGUGGGUGGUAAUGACAUCGAUUUGACCAAAGAAUUUUCGCCAGAAUUAUUAUCAUUAAAUCAAACUGACUUAGAACUAGAUGAAAUAAAACCAGCCAUUAGCCCAGAAGCUCUGAAUAAAGCCUUAAAACUAGAUCCCAAAGGCAAAGGGGUGGCAGAAGAUUUUCCUUUUCCUGGUGGUCGAAUAAUUCCUAACCAGGUUAGUGGGAAUAUCGUAGAUAACUCUUUUGAUACCGCUAACCCCGUGCAGGAUGAAAGAAUUGAAAAAGGAGCAGCCGUAAAAUCAGCUCCCACCGGAGGAGGAAAGUCGACUACUCUUUUAAGAUGUGGGGCUUUUCGAGGACUGAGUAAUGAAGAAGUGGAUGCUUUAUCCGAAGCCGAUCGAGCCAAAUUAGGAGUUAGUUUAGUAGUUCCUGAAAAAUCCUUGGUGGGUUCGGUUUUAAGCGGUCACAACGACUGGCUAUCAGAUGAAGCAGCGGCUCUAGACAGUAUUAAAAAAAUGGAGCAGAAAAUUACUAAUCAAGAACGGAAAGCAAAUGGUGAACUUUAUACCGAAGACGACAUUGACUAUCGAGUAAUUAAGUGUCCAAUCUGCUAUAAAAAACAUACUGCUGUUGGUGACAAACCUUAUGAAACGGUCCAUAACGGAGCCAGCAAUAUGAUUAAUGUUUUCUUCUGA